GCCGAUUACUCGCGGCGCCGCGGGGUUUGUCUCCGAGAGGCCGCGGAGCCCGGCGACGGUGAUUAUAAAUGUUGGCAACCCGUCACCCAUCGAUCAAGCUGGACAGCAGCAAUGAAUCAGCCACUCUGAUGACCGCAUAACCCAACACGAAAGCAAAGGCCCUGCCGUCAUCAUGUCGUCCCCCAUCAAAGUCUUCGUCUUCGGCGGCACAGGGAAUACCGCCCAGCAGAUCAUCGAUGGCAUGAUCAAGUCGCCCACAAACUUUGACAUCACGGCCAUCAGCCGCCCCAGCAGCGUGGACAAGCCCGAGAACGUCGAGUACAGCAAGAGGGGCGUCAAGGUCGUCGGCCUCGACGCCGAAGGCCAGCGCGGGGAGGCGGUCGAGCUCCUCCGGGACGCCGACGUCGUCAUCGCGCCGGCCAACUUCUUCGAGCUGGACAAGGCCAAGGCGCUCGUCGACGUGUGCAAGGAGGCCGGGGUCAGGCGGUUCGUGCCCAACAACUUCGCGCCCGUGAUGCCGGCCUACGGGGUGAUGGGGAUGCGGGAGAAGAAGGAGGAGAUCGUGAACCACAUCCGGCUGCGGCGCCUGCCCUACACCGUCGUCGACGUGGCCUGGUGGUACCAGAACCUGCCGUACCGCGUGCCCUCGGGCCGCACCGACUACAUCGUCGUGCCGCCCAUGGACGACGCGCGGCUCUGGGGCGACGGCAGCACGCCCAUCGCCUUUUCCGACAUCCACUCCAUCGGGCCCCACGCGGCCAGGAUCCUGGCGGACCCGCGGACGCUGAACAAGCACGUGCACGUGUACGACCAGGUUCUCAGCUCGCACCAGGUCGUCGACGCGCUCGAGGAGCUCAGCGGCGAGAAGGUGGAGCGGACCUUUUUCACAAAGGAGCAGAUGGAGGAGACCAUGGCUCAGGCCAAGGACGCGCUGGCCAAGGACCCGGACAGCGAGGAGGCCAUCACGACGCUCACGUGCGUCGAGUACUGGUACUCGAUGGGCGUCCGCGGCGACAGCGUGCCCGAUGUGGCCGACUACCUGGGCUAUCUCGAUAGCCGUAAACUCUACCCGGACAUCGAGCCGAUAACGGUCAAGGACUUCUACAAGGACGUCCUAGGAGGCAAGGCCCUCGUGCCUUAUGCAGACGAGAAGCCGUAGUUGGAGUGUAAUACCAUGACAAGAUCCGAAUCGGCUUCUUCUUGUCGACGCGAUGUAUCUGCACCACAUUUGAC